AUGCCGCCUCCCGUUCAGGUUGCUUACAAGCCUCUCAACAAGCCUGAGGUUGGCGACAAUGGCUACGUUGAGCCCACUCCAGGAAAGUCUGAGGUGCUAAAGAAGGGCUCUAGACCUUUCGAUGCAAGACCUCUUGACUCUGAUGUCCGCAUUGAUCACGAUGUUGAAAUCGUUGUCCGUGACGGCUGCCGCCUCUAUGUCGAUAUUUAUCGCCCCACGGGGUCUGAAAAGGUGCCUGUCAUCAUUUCUUGGUCUCCCUAUGGCAAGAAGUACUCGGCCAUUGAUAUGAUCUUCAACGUGUGCACUUGGGCCUGCUGUCUCACAAAAGACGAUGUCAGUGGACUGGAAAAGUUUGAAGGUCUUGACCCUGCUUGGUGGGUAAACCAAGGCUAUGCAAUUGCACAUGUUGAUGCCCGCGGAGCUGGUAAUAGCGACGGCGAUGCAUGCUGUAUGGGUGCACAAGAAGCAGAGGACGCCCACGAUGUCAUCGAGGGACUGGCUAAGCUUCCUUGGUGCAACGGCAGCGUCGGCAUGGCUGGCAACUCAUACCUGGCCAUUAUGCAAUGGCAAGCUGCUGCACAGAAUCCCCCUUCGUUGAAGGCAAUUGCGCCUUGGGAGGGAUCUGGAGACAUCUUCCGCGAGCAGUUCUGCAGAGGUGGCUGGUUCACUAUGAGCAACUUCGAUCUUAUCACAACUCUUGUCAUCAAGGGCCAGCACGGCGUGGAGGAUUUUGCUGAGAUGUAUCGAAGAAGUCCUCAAGCUAAUGCCUACUGGAACGACAAGCGUGUGGAUUUCUCCAAGAUUAACAUUCCUGUUUUUAUCACCGGUUCGGACCUAAGCCAAAUUCACACCAUGGGUGCUGUGCGUGGCUGGAUGGAGUUGGGAAGUGACAAGAAAUGGAUUAAGUGGUGUGGACACCAGGAGUGGUUUGAGCUUUACUCGGUGAAGGAAAGCUACCCCGAGCUCAAGAAAUACUUCGACAAGUACCUCAAGGGUAUCGAUAACGACUGGGAGGAGACACCCCGAGUGCGAUGGACAACUCUUCAGUUUGACGAAGGAAAGGUCAAGAGCAACAUUGAGCUCCCCGACUUCCCUGUCCCCGAUACCGACUAUCGCUCAUUCUACCUCGGAGACAAUGAUACACUUCUAGAUAGCGCACCAUCUUCAGGUAUCAAGACCUACAACUCUGAAGAUCGCUGGUCCAUCGCCAAGUUCCGAUACACUUUCGACAAGCACACAAGAAUAAUCGGAAUGCCCAAAGCGGAGCUAUACGUGAGCUGUGAUGAUUUAGACGACAUGGUUGUCUUUGUACAAGUCCGCAAGCUCGACAAGAACGGCAAGGAGUUGAGCCACUUGCAGUUCCCUAUUGAGAAGACUCCCGUGAAGUCGGUUGACGCAAUGGACGAGAAGGAUCGCUCAAGUCUUACAUUACACAACGGUGCUAUGGGUAUUCUGCGAGCGUCACAACGGAAGAUCGAUGAGAAGCGAUCGAUACAUCCUCAGUUCCCCUUCCACCCUCACGAUGAGGUGCAGAGGAUUCCCAAGGGUGAGGUGGUCAAGCUCGACAUUGGGAUCUGGUGCAUGGGAGUGGACUACGAGGAGGGUCAGACCCUUCAGGUUGAUAUCUUGGGGCAAUACCCCGGGUUCACUGAAGUUGCUGCCUUCUCCAAGCCAAGGCCAGAUAGUGAGAAGAACAAGGGACAGCACAAGAUUCAUUACGGCGGAGAGUAUCCUAGCAAGGUUAUCAUUCCCAUUGUAAACGUUUGA